UCUAAUAUUUGUGAUCUGAUGUUCUCCGUUAAUCUCAGAUGCAGCUUUUCCAAACAUCUUUCCGUCCAGACUGCAGUUCUUUGAGUACGAGUCCGUCUCCUUCACCUGCGAGCAGUCCGGUGGCUCGUCUCCAUGGCGAUGGCUGAGGAACAAGGUGGAAAUCAUCCAAACGUGCACCAACGGCACGGUGCCGCCGGCGGUGAACUGCACCAUCAACAAUGUCUUUGAGCGAGACAGUGGAGAAUACUGGUGCGAGGCCGGAGGAGGAGAGAGGAGCAGCAGUGUCAACAUCUCCGUCACGACUGGCUCUGUGAUCCUGGAGAGUCCUGCUCUUCCUGUGAUGGAGGGAGACAACGUGACUCUGCGCUGCAGACUCAAGAUGAAUGCCGCCAACCUCCCAGCUGAGUUCUCUAAAGAUGGCCGCCACAUUCAGAAUGGAUCUGAAGGAACCAUGAGCAUCCACAGCGUCUCCGGCUCUGAUGAAGGACUCUACAGGUGCAGCAUGGAUGGAGCUGGAGAGUCACCACAGAGCUGGCUGACGGUGAUGCAGAACGAUUUUGAAGGUGGCUCUGUGAUCCUGGAGAUUCCCGCUCUUCCUGUGACCGAGGGCGAUGCUGUGACUCUGAGCUGUAGAAACAAAUCGUCGUCCGCCGACGUCCCGGCCGUCUUCUCCAAAGACGGCCUCUUCAUCGGGACCAGCGCCACCGGAAACAUGAGCAUCGACUACGUCUACAGGUCUCACGAAGGACUCUACAGGUGCAGCAUCCCUGGAGCUGGAGAGUCAGCAGGAAGCUGGCUGACUGUCAGAGCGCUCCACAGAGACGCCUGGAUCUUCUCAGAACACUUCCUCCAUAUCCUUCUCCUCGUACGGACGGUGGUCACCGUGGUGAUGGUGGCUCUGCUGCUGCUGCUGGUGGCGCUACUGCACUGUGGGAAACUCGGAGGUUCACAGAAAAAACUCCAGUCACGAGACGAGAUAAAAUAUCACGACUAA